CGUCGAGGCGACGCUAUGGCGACAUGUGUAUGUAAAAAUGUGCAAAGUUGCAAUUUUUGUAUUCGUCGUGUGUUUGUAAUAAAAUGAAGUUUCUUGUUUUAAUUUUUUUAUUUGGCGUUACAAACGGUCAUUUUGACAAUGAAAUAAAUUUGGAGUGCAGGGGUACCAAAUUCGAGAAUGUUACCCUCACAGCGUAUUAUCCCGAUUUUAACAACGAUGAGGGGUUUUUGGACAAGAAGGGUGAAAAUUUAUCGACUUUGCAGGAUUAUCUCGAUAAUAGGGCCGAAUUUGUAACCCUUGCGAUGGAUGAAGGGUUGAAGCUUCCAUAUGGUACGAAAGUUUGUAUUCCAGAGUUAAAUCAACAUUUUGGGCACCGAAUUAUCCUCCAAGUUCGGGAUACUUCAAGUGAUUUGAGGGGAAGUGGGUACAAAAGGGCCGAUGUUUGUGUCAGAUCUGAAAUUGAUAGUUAUGAUGUUACAGUUAACCGACAAGUAACUCUCGUUUUUGUUUAAUCGAGGUUAUUUAACAUUGCUGAAUAAAGUGUAGGUUCAUGAGGUUUA